AUGUCUUUGCGUAAAGAUUUGGUGGAUGUGUUGAUAGCAGUGCCGUCGACACCGGAAACGGGUUGCAAGACUACGGUCACCGAACAGAUCCCGGUGCCCACCAGCGAACACGUGGCACAAAUUGUCGGAAAGUGCGGCUCAAAGAUUAAGUUCUUGCGGUCGCAGACCAACACCUGUAUUAAGACACCGUUUAGGGGCGAAGAGCCGGUGUUUGUGGUGUCGGGCGAGCCGUCGGACGUGCGCCGAGCGGUGGACGCCAUACAGAAGGCGUCGCAACACUUCACGCGACUCAUUGAAAGCCGAUCCAAGAGCUGUGCGAUCGGAGAGUUCACUAUCGAAGUGGAAGUCCCGCACCCAUACGUGGGCGCAGUUGUCGGCCGUAACGGCGCCGUCAUUACCCGUAUUAAACAGCUGACCAACACUCGCAUCAAUACACCCAAAGGCGGUGACCUCCACCCCAAGUUUGAGGUGACCGGCACUCGAGUCAAUGUGAUGGCGGCCCGGGAGGCCAUUCACCAGAAGGUGGUGGACGCCUACUGUAUGCGCAACAAGUGAUCCACUCAUCGAUACUUACCUCC